AUGAAGACCACAAACGUCGCCGCCGGUGCCAUGCUGGCUUCGGCCGCCAGCGCCGCUCUCCCCGAAGGUGUUGUGCAGUUCGACGUCGGCAGGCGGUCGGCACACCCCAAGCUCACGCGCCGGGCCACGGCCAACACCGACUCGUCGACGAUUGACAACAACCUGUCGCAGGGCGGCUACUUUGCGACUUGCAAGAUUGGCACGCCGCAGCAAACACUGACACUGCAGCUGGACACGGGCAGCAGUGACAUCUGGGUGCCGUCAAGCAGUGCGUCUGUCUGCGCAUCAAGCGAAGGAUGCAGCCUUGGCUCUUGUACGUUCUCCUCAGCGUGUGCCCUUAAGCAUUCCCCCCUGGGAUGGGCAAGUUUGCUCGUCACUUUCGUUGCCCUGCUAACAAGCCCAGUCAACUCGGACGACUCCUCGACGUUUGUGGUCGUAGGCAAGGACGAGUUUAGCAUUUCCUAUGUCGACGGCAGCCACUCGGACGGCAGCUACUUCACAGACGUCUUCACAAUUGGCGGCAGCACCGUCACAAACAUGACCAUGGGCCUGGGCCAGAGCACCGACAUCAACUUUGGCCUGGUCGGCAUUGGCUACAAGACCGACGAGGCCAUUGUGUCAACAACGCAGUCCCUGUCGUCAGCGUACAACAACCUGCCGCUGGUCAUGGUACAGGAAGGCGUCAUCAAGACCAAUGCCUACAGCUUGUGGCUCAACGAUCUCGAGGCCAGCACGGGCAACCUCCUCUUCGGCGGCAUUGAUACCGACAAGUACAAGGGCGACCUGACCAAGAUCAACGUCUACAAGGACCCGAAUACCAACACCUUCACGUCGUUCAUUGUGGCUCUCACGUCGGUCAAUGCCGUCAGCACCAGUGGCGACGAUGCGCUGACGUCGACCGCGUUCCCCGUUCCCGUCGUCUUGGACUCGGGCACGACGCUGUCCUACGUGCCGCAGGACAUGGCCGAGGAGAUUUGGAAGGAGGUGGGCGCCGAAUACGACGCCGAGGUCCAGCUGGCCGUGAUUCCCUGCAGCAUGGCCUCCAGUGGCGGCCAUUUCACGUUUGGCUUUGGCGGCACCAACGGCGCCACCAUUGACGUCGGCAUGGACGAGCUCGUCCUCGACAUCGCCACAAGCAGCGGCCCCGGCGGCCCCGGCGGCCCCACGUUCUCGAGCGGCCGGUUCAAGGGCCAGUCCGCCUGCGAGUUCGGCAUCCAGAACUCCUCCGAGCCCUACCUCCUCGGCGACACCUUCUUGCGCUCCGCCUACGUCGUGUACGACCUCGUCAACAACCAGAUCGCCCUCGGCCAGACCAACUUCAACGCCACAUCCUCCAACAUUGUCGCCUUUGCGAGCUCCGGCGCCCCAAUCCCGUCGGCCACCGCUGCACCCAGCCAGGCGCAGAUUACACAGACGUCCUCGUUCACGGAACCUGCAUAUGCUGCCCAGUCGGGUUUUGCCUCGUCUGCGACAGCAUCGGCCGGCUCCUCCUCCUCCGGCGGCGGCGGCGGCGGCAGCUCCAAGAACGCGGCCGGUGUGAACGCCGUGCCCAUCGGCCUCCUCCACAUCGGUGCCAUCAGCGCCACAAUGUUCAUCGCCGGCGGUCUGUUUAUCUUGUAA